AUGGAUCGAUCAACGCCUAUUUAAUCGAAGAAAAGUUUGAUGAAAAUUUUGCACAAAUGAAACGUUAGAGGAGAGUAUAUUAAAAAUAUAUAUAUAUAAUUCAUUGCUUUACUUAUGUUUUAUUAUAUUUUUUUAAUAAAUGUAAAAAAAUUCUCUCUUUUUAUAUUUUGUAUACUGAUGUACAUUAUGCAAGGCAGGGGGUUGUAAAUGAUCGCAAUGUGGAUUAUAAAAUGCUGUGGGAAAGUUUUACCAUUUUGAGAUUUAAUUUACUUGACAACUGAAAAUUGUCAUAUCCAUUCCAGGCCAAAUGGCCUAUUUAGCAAGCACCAAGUACGUAGUAAUAAUACUUAUAACAAUGGGUUGAUCAACACCUAGCAGAGUGGAAAAAAUUCAUUGUAGAUGCUGUGGAGGAAAUUUAAUUGAAUUCAUGAUAUGCUCUUCAAUUUUAGCAUAUGACUAGGGUGCAUGAACAGUCAGGGACUGGAUGCCAAAUGGAGAGCGAUUAAAUAUUUUGCGAGCUGGAAAAACUCCAAGGGUUUUCCUCUCUGACCCGGAGGGAGAGAGAUUCAGUGUACAGUAUUUGGAUCGUGGGUCCCUGCGCUGGUGCAUGAAUCCCAAGCCUGAACCUUAAUUCUGUGUGCACACACUGAGUUGCUGACUCCCAAGGACCUCCCUGCGUCGGGAGACUGGGGAGCCCCCACGUAUCAAUAGACCGUUGCUACUUUGUCGUGUUAUUGGUUUUGGGAAAGCCAAUAUGUUCUUAUCCAUAACCUCUUUACCCCCCAAGCACACCGUCUCCAAUAGUAAAUGGCCAUUAGCCAAUCAAAAUUAACAUAGCACCCAAAUCGCACAAGGUCUCAUUCUGCUUGCUUGCCACCUGAGCUCGCGUACUGACAAACUCCUUCAGCCAAGUGUGUCUAGUACACAAAUCUCAGUUGACACGAGCGUUCUGGUUCUUCUUGCCAAGUAUCAGACCAAGCCCACAUGGGGACACGUCUCUUGUGAUAUUUGAUGUGCUUAUCUCUCCUUGCUGCUGUAUAAAUACCUGCCUUUCGUUUUCUACAAUUUGCUUAACACCAUCGGUAACGUUACUUUCGACUUGGAUAUCUCUUUUUAAUAUGUCAAAAUCAAUCAUGGGUCCUCUUGGAGAGAAAAAGCAACUCAGAAAGCCUGCACAGGCUAGUUCAAGAAAGGGGUGCAUGAGAGGCAAAGGAGGCCCAGAGAAUGCACUCUGCACUUAUAAGGGAGUCCGCCAGAGAACUUGGGGCAAAUGGGUAGCAGAAAUUCGAGAACCCAAUCGUGGUGCUCGUCUUUGGCUUGGUACCUUCGACACCUCUCACGAAGCUGCUGUGGCUUACGAUGCUGCUGCUCGUAAACUAUACGGCCCUGAAGCCAAGCUAAACCUGCCGGAGUUGCCCCUCAAAAAUAACCAGUUUUCAGCCCCUUCUGGCAAUACCCAGGUUUCUCAAAUCCAAAUGGGAAAUGAAUCCCAAGUCCUGCAUAAUUCGGGUGCCACAUGUUCAUCAAGCAGCAGCACACUGAUGAAGCCUAGUGAAAUGAAUCAUGACUCGAUUACGCCUCUUUCAAACGAGAACGUGGCCUCGAAUAGUAAGGUAGCAGAAAAUGAAGGGAACUUAGGGCAAAAUCAAGAAGGAACAGACGAGUUAUGGGCAAAUCUGAACGUGAAUUUGCCCUUGUUUGAUGAUUCAAUUUGGGCAGAAGCAGCAAUGUCAAUAGACUUCCCGGCUAUGGAUGAUCCUGGAAUUUUCACUGGAAACCUGAUGGAUGGAACUGGGUGGGACGCGAUGCAGACUCCGUGGUGCAUGUAGAAAUGCACAGCUCUGGUCUUCUCCGCCCGAUGGCCAGCCACGCAGCCACCUCAAGUUUUAUGGGCGCAGUCGUGGCUCUUUUAUGAUGCAGCUAUACAUACACAUAUCAGUCACGUGCCCCAGUGUGACUAUACUUCAAUACUUUCUGUGUAAUAAAUAC